AUCAGUAAUCGGUGGAAACUUAUCCAGACAUUCCAUAAGUUUAGCUCCUGAUUUUGGUCUGAAACUUCAGCCGAAGACGAACUCGAAACUUUUUUAAAGUUUCGAAAAAAAAGAUCGAUCGAUCAUCCUCGUAUUGUGCAUCAAUCGAAGAGAAAAGUGAAUUUUGCAAAAAUGAUGAAAAUUGUGGCUGUUCUUGUUGUGCUGUGCGGAAUCAGUGCUGGGUACUCGGUUCCCAUGCGAAAUGCUUUCAUGUAUUAUCAACAGCCCAUGGGAUACAUGGCCCAGCGCCAAGCUAUGUAUGGACUCCAUUACCAGAACCAGCAACUCCGGAAUCAACGUCGCUCGGCUGGAGUGUCUGCCUUAGCUGCCGGAACAUAUCUGAAGGAUUGCCAAAACACAGAUGUUGAAAGCGCUGAGACGCCUGUUCAGGACCCGAACGUGCAGUCUGUUGCUGAUGCGUACCCAGCGGAGCAAUACCCAGUUGAAGAUGUGCCCCUGCAAGAUGUCCCAGCUGUUAACGAAUUUGAAGCCGAGGAGCCUAUUGCUGAUGAACCAGUUGCUGCUCCUGCCGUCCCAGCCGUGAUCCCAGAAAAGAAGAAGAAGAAGGUUACUGUUCAGCUGGACUCUGAUGAAGAAGAGGACACCCAGGUUAGCCGUCGUGGAGGAAGCCGUCCUGCUGCUCCAAAUGCUUACUUCCCAAUCAACUUUGGAAGCACUAACGGAGGAGCCAUUGCCAUUGCCAACUCGUACAGCACUGGAAAGGGAGGAUCGGCCACCAGCACUGCCACUGCCUACGGAAGUCCAGCUACUGCUGAGCUGAGAAGGGCUGCCCCUGCCCAGUUGAGGAAGAAACCUGCCAAGCUGCGAGCUCGCCAGUAAUGAACUCCGGGUAAUGUACUGGGCUAGCAGUUCAGUGGUUCCUAGCAAUAAGACUUUCUAAUUUAUUAAGUGCAAUUCAACUCCUCCGUAGGUUAACAAAAGUAAAAGUGCAAAAGGAAUUGACUAGCAAUUUAAAUCUGAAAAAGUGCAAAACGCAUUCAUUAUUUAUUUUGUAAUUAGCUGAACCCUUCAAAUCCAAACUCAACAAAUAAAACGAUUACUGAAAUA